AUGCCAGGUUUAGGGCCAGAAACAGCAGCUCACUGCUCCCGGGACAGCGCUGACGUCAGAGGCUCAGAGCUGGUGCAGACGCAGAAUUCCAUCACUCUCAGCAACGCGUUUCCACGGAAACACUCCUCCGUCUCCUCUCUCUGCGGCGUUUCCACGGCGAUGCUUUGGGACGAACGCCUCUCACUCACUUUCUCCAGUUCCAUCAGUAUCCCUCCCCAAAAGAGCCCCUCCCUCCCCAAAUCUGCAUCCAGCGAUCAGACAAUCAGCAGCUCCGCAGACCUGUCUCACAGUGGUCUGUCUCACAGUAGUCCUGUCUCACAGUAG